AUGUCCGACCCCAACCGCUACACCAAGCCUGUGCCUGGCCAGACGCCCCCGCCAUUCCUCUCGUCGGCCAUCGUCUCCAACGGCAUGGUGUACACCUCCGGAGCGCUCGGCAUUGGCCCCGACGGCAAGAUGGUCGAGGGGCCAAUUGAAGGCCGCGUCUCGGCCAUUAUGGACAACCUCGAGGCCGUCCUCAAAGCCCACGGCUCGGGUCUCGAGCAUAUUGUCAAGUCGCUCAUCUUUAUCACCGACUACAAGAACUUUGACGCCAUCAACAAGGUGUACACUGCGCGUAUGCCCAAGCCUCCCCCCGCUCGCAGCUGUAUUGGCGCGGCCACCCUGCCAAUGGGUACCGACAUUGAGAUUGAGGUGAUCGCGCGUGUUCCUGGCGCCAAGCUGUAA